AUGAUUACUAAGAGUUGUGGACAUCUUAGUGGAGGGAAAGGAUCUAUGAGAAGAAUUGGGGUGAUUGAAGAAAUGAAAAGGUAUAAAGAAAAAAUUAAAGAAAAAUUAUCAAUAAAGACAGACGAUGUAGAAACACUUAAAGUAAUAAGAGAGAUGAUAAAUUUUCAAAUGAUGAUUCAACAAAUGAGAAGAAGAAUUGAAUUAACAGAAGUGUUUCAAAAAGAUAAAAAGGAUUUAAUGAAAAUCUCAAAAGUUCAGCAAGAUAUGCAUAUAAGAGAAAUGGAGAAAGCAAUAGAAAAAGGAAAAGAAAGGUAUGAAAAAAGGAUAAGAAGUAUUGAUAUGAUGGAAACAUUUUUUAAUAAAAGUGAAAUAGUAGAAGAAUUAGCAAAGAAAAUGUUAGGAGAACGGUUAUAUGUAAAUAUAGUAAGUAAAGGAGAAAAUUUAGGGAAUGGAGAAUCAAGAAAUGAAGGGGAAAACGAAUGGAAAAAAGUGAAUAUAUUAAUAUACCAAAAUUUAAUAUUUUUAUUAAAACCAGGGAGUGAUACAGUAUUAGCUAUCAUUUAUAUUAGUAAUCAAUAUAAAUUAGUUUAUGCAGAAAAUCAAAGAAGAAGAUAUAUGUUAAAAGUUGGACAAUUUGUUUGUUAA